AGACGGUCACAGAUGGCACACUUUGUUGUUUGCGGGUCGUCGAAAAUGGCAGUGUCUCCGAUCUUAUAUUUAAUAGUCUUUUAACUUUGUCUCUGUUGCGAAUAAAAAUGUUUUUUUGUCAGUGUUCCUCUUUUGUUUGAUACAAUGUCAGAUUCAAAUUCACCUAAAGCAGAUUCAAGUAAUCCUAGUCCCUUGGGUAACUUACGGCAAUUCCGUUUUCAAAAGAAAGUGAAAAGAAUAAAUAUGUCUGAUGAUGACAGUAAUUUAGUAACUCCUGACAUACAAUCACACCGGAGACCUGUCAAUCGUAUUGAAGAUAGUGACAGUGAUAUUGGAAGCCCUGUCAAAGUAAAUGCUACAAAUUCAGAAAUAGAAAAAGAAUCUGAAGAUAAACAGAAGGAAGUAAAACUCAAAUAUUUAACUACAUUAUAUCCACAAAAUGAUACAGUUUAUAUACAAGAAGUACUUAAUAAUGUUAAUUGGAAUAUCGAAGAAGCUGAAGACAUCGUUAAAAAAAACAGAAAACGAAGUUUAAAAGGAUCCAGUAAAAGUAGCUAUAAAAAGCGUAGAAAAUUAAAUGUUGAAGAUGCCGAUGUAGAUUCAGAUGAAGUAAAAUAUAAGGACAAAGUAUUUAAUAGUGAUGACGAUUCGGAUGCAGAAAUUUCAAAUGAUUUAACUCAUGAUAAAAAAGCAGUUCUGGAAUUCAUGCGAACUGCACUACUUUCUGAAUUGCUUUUGAUACCACAAUGUUCUCAAAAAAGAGCAGAAGCGGUAAUGGAAGCAAGGCCAUUUGAAAAUUGGAGAGAUCUGGUUUUGAAAUUUCAAAAUAAUAAGUAUUUGGAUACAGAACUUUUAAAUUCAACUCAGGAAUUAUUGGCUACAAGACAAGUAAUAGAAUCUCUUAUGAAAAAAUGCAUUCGUUUGUCUACAAAUCUGGAAAAAGCAGUUGCUGCUGGUGCAUCUACUAUAAAACAGCAACCAAGAGGAUUGUCACCGAGAUUAACAUUAGCGCCAUAUCAAAUGAUUGGUUUAAAUUGGCUUGCAGUUAUGCACGCUCAAAAUGUAAAUGGUAUACUUGCAGAUGAAAUGGGAUUAGGAAAAACUGUUCAAGUAAUAGCUUUUCUUACAUAUCUAAAUGAAGCAGGACUUAACGAUGAAAAGGAUGGACCUCAUUUAAUAGUUGUUCCAAGCUCAACAAUGGAAAAUUGGUGUAAUGAAUUAGAAAGAUGGUCACCUGGUUUAAAAGUUGUUCAAUAUUAUGGUUCUCAAGAUGAACGUAAAGAAAUGAGAAUGUCAUGGCGAAAUGGUGAUCUUGAUGAUGUAGAUGUUUUAUUAACUACUUAUAAUUUGAUCAGUAGUACUCCAGAAGAGCGUAGAUUAUUUCGUGUUAUGCCAAUACAUUAUGUAGUUUUUGAUGAAGCUCAUAUGCUUAAAAAUAUGAGUACUAUUAGAUAUGAAAAUCUGGUUAGAAUUAAUGCUAAACAUCGUAUUCUUUUAACUGGUACCCCAUUACAGAAUAAUUUACUGGAAUUGAUGUCUCUUUUGAUAUUUGUAAUGCCUUCUUUGUUUGCUGGCAAACAAGCAGACAUAAAAAGUUUAUUUUCAAAGAAUUCUAAAAUGUCAUCAGACAAAACAAAUAAACAACCCUUGUUUGAACAACAACAAGUUAAAAAUGCAAAACAAAUAAUGCGCCCUUUUGUCCUUCGGCGACUUAAAUCAGAGGUUCUUUGCGAUUUACCUGAAAAAACGGACGAAGUGAUACGAUGCACUUUGACCAAGAAGCAAGAUCGUAUGUAUAAAAAUUUAGUUGAGAAAUUCUCUGUUGAAGCUAAUGAAAGCGCUGAAGUGAAUGGAGUUGGUAUGAUGAUGCAACUAAGGAAACUUGCAAAUCAUCCACUCUUAGUUCGAGAUUAUUAUAAAGAAUCACAGCUUAAGAAUAUAGCAAAAAAAUUAGCUGCAGAGCCUGGAUAUAAACAAAAAAAUCCAGAUUACGUAUUUGAAGAUUUGUUUUGGAUGUCUGAUUAUCAAAUAAAUCAGUUAACACGAAUAUAUAAAAGUUUGGGUGGAUUUGGAUUACCACAAGAAUUUAUACCCGAAGCUGGCAAAUUAAAAAAACUAGAUGAACUCCUACAAAAUUUAAAAGAAAAUAAUCACAGAGUAUUGAUUUUUAGUCAGUUUACAAUGGUAUUAGAUAUUUUGGAAGAAUAUUUAACUAUUAGAGGACACAGAUAUUUAAGAAUGGAUGGAAGUACACCUGUAACGGAAAGACAGUCUCUUAUAAAUGAAUACACAGAAGACAAUAGUAUAUUUGUAUUCUUAUUAUCUACAAAAGCAGGUGGACUAGGUAUUAAUCUAACAGCUGCUGAUACCGUUAUAAUUCAUGAUAUAGAUUUUAACCCAUAUAAUGAUAAACAGGCAGAAGACCGUUGUCAUAGAGUGGGUCAAGAAAAACCCGUACGUAUACUAAGACUUUUGGGGCAAGAAACUAUAGAGGAAGGCAUGUAUGAAAUAGCUCAAGAAAAACUUAAUCUUGAGCAACAGCUUACUGGUAGUGAAGAAGGAGAAAAUACAGAUAAAAAAAGUGUUCUAAAAUUAUUAAAAAUGACACUUGGACUGGAUCCACACAAUAGAUCAUUAUCAUUAUCACCAACAAAAAAUUCUAAUAAAAUACACAGCGAACUUGUAGAAAAUCAAGCAGACAGUGAUAUAGAAUUUUGAUUAAUACGUUUUUCUGUAUGGAACAGAAUAAUAAUUUAUAAAAGGCAAUGUAUCAACGCACAUCAAAGAAGAGGCAUAUUUAUAUCAAUGCAUUUUGUAUCAACACAAUGUCACUUAUAGAAUUUAUAUAUAUUAUUUAAUUUCUAUAAUACACUUUUGUAGGGUAGCUUUCCAGGAAUGUUUAUAAUAAUUUUCUUAUUUACAUAAAAAUAUGAAUUUGUGUUAUCAUUGGAAACACAAGAAAUCUACUUAAAAAAAGUAGACAAAUAUUUUUUUUUUUUUUUUUUUUUUUUUUAUCGACAAGGUAUACCUAUAAUUUUUCAUCAAAUUAAUCUUAGGUAUUCUAUCUUAUUUAUGUUUUUUAAUCUACAAUAACAAAUAUUAAACUUUUAAUAAAAUUCUUAUUCAUCAAAUAAUAUGGCAGCUGUAUUGCAAUUUUAAUAGUAUACGAAUUUUUGUAUGCAUUAUAUUUUUAGCAUAUUUCAAUGAAAUGUAGGUACAUAAUAGAAAAAGUAAUAAGUAAAUGCAUACGUACAUCUGAACAUGGGACCAUUAUGAUACAAUUUUUGUACUCUGACUUGUUUCCAUAGCUACCUACCACUGCCUUGAUUACUGUACUCAAAUAAUCGGUAUAAUAAUCUAUAUGAAUAAUGAAAGAGUAAAUAUAUUAAAACUUCUAUAAUUUUCAGAUAUUUAAAAAACACAUGCUGCUAUUAUUUUAUUUUUUAUCUAAUUACUUUUUAAUUUUUAUUAUAUUUACAUUUGCUAUUUACAUUCAUCAAGAUUUAACUGUUUAUGCAAUUUAAGAAAAAUAUACUUGCAUUAUUUAUUUUAUUUCGAUAAAAAUGUAUGAUAAUACGGAUAAAAAGAGAAAAAAUAUAUAAUAAUUUUGGAAAGUUACCCUCCAUCUACCGUACGUAAUAUAACAUUUUUUUAUUGAUAUUCUAAAUAAAUUCAUUAUAGAAGAUCAUUUUCUAUAUCAUUUUUAGCUUAUAUUGUAUAUAAUUAUUAAAUUACAAUGAAUAAUAUCAUAAAUAGUAUAAAUUCAAUUUUAAAUAUUUUUAAUAACAAGUAAUUUUCAACUUAAGUUAAAAAUUAUGUAGCAAUUAAUUUGUAUUUUAAGAGUUUUGUAUUAUUCACAUUAUUUUUUAAAAGUCUCAAACCAAAUACAUGGAUACUCAUGUAUAGACACUAGCGAUGAAUAAUUAAAUAUUACACGCUAUAUAAGGGUUUAUCAUACCUGCAUUUAAAAAAAUACGAACGUAAUCUUACUUUCUUUAAUUAACUGUGAUUUAUGAAACUAUGUUAAAAUCUAAUAUUAAUUCAAUUUUGGAAAAAAAAUUUUAUUAAGACAUAAUUAUGAAGUACAAAUAACUGUUUCAUAUUGUAAUUAUAAUAAAUAGUCCAUAUUUAUAUAUAAAUCGAUUUUCGAUUGACUUUAUGCGUAAAAAGAAAUAUGUUACUGAACUUUUUCUUAUCUUACCUAACAUUUCUAAUAUUUUCUAAUCAACGAAAAGUAAUGUUAAAUCGCAAAAAGAUUAAAAUAUCUUCAUAAGAAUAUAAAAUAUUUUAUUUAUAUAGUGCCAGCAAAAAUGAUUCUUUGUCGGAUGUCGCCAUAUUGCUUACGACCAUUCCGACCUAUUAAUUGGCGCAAUUAUUUGAAUUAAAUUAUCUGAAUAAUAAAAGUGAAAUAAUAUGUAAGAGUAAUUAAUUCUACCUUCGGAAAAUCAAUUAUAUUCUACUUCUCAUUAAACAAUAAGAAUUCAAUAGAUUCUUUGUUACUGAUAACAUUACCCGGAUAUGGAAUUUUCAACAAUGUCUAACUGAUGAUAUUUUAUCUGAUCGUCUGAAUAAAUAAAUAUAUGUUCGUUUCAUUGUAUAUUGUAUUUUUAAUAAAACUAAUGAAAAUGCAUGUUUCUAAU